CCCGCGACGUUUCCCGCCAAAUCUGCGAUGGCGCCUGUGGGUAACGAGGGCGAUUCCCUCGCCAGCUCCAGGAGUCGCCGCGACAAGAAGGACACGGCGGGUCGCAGCGCCGCUUUGGAGAAACUCCGCAAGGCGAAGGCCGGGGAGAAGGUCUCCUACGAGGUGGAGGACGUGACGCGUGUGUACGACGAGGUGACAGAGGAGGAGUACUCGAACCGCGUGCGGGAUCGCCAGGACGACGAUUGGAUCGUGGACGAUGACGGCAUCGGCUACGUCGAGGAUGGACGUGAGGUUUUUGACGAUGAGCUGACCGAGGAUGUCCUGGAGAGUCGCAACAAGGACCGCAAGGGAGCUGGCUCCUCCCGCAAGACGGCCGGUGGGGAGGCGAAGAAGCCGGUCACCAAGUCGAGCAACAUCAAGAGCAUGUUCAUGGCGAGCAGCGGCAAGAAGACGUUGGAGGUGCUGUGCCUUUAUACACGAGCUCAGGCGGAGGCUGUGGCCGACUUUGACGACGCCGACUUCCUUGAGGCGAUGGACGAGGAGGGCCCAGCGGUGGACUCCGCCGUGGAGGUGAAGGUCAAGAAGGAAGAGUCGUCCACCAGCAGCAGCUUGAGCUGGGACGACGAGGGGGCGGAGGUGCUGGCCACCGAGGAGGUGGCGGCGGUGACGCUGGAGGAAGGAUCACUGCCUCUGCACCGCACGGACGGUGGCGCCGACGUGUUGCGCUUCUACUGGAUCGACGCUCACGAGGACCCCUUCGCCCAGCCCGGUGUGGUUUACCUGUUCGGCAAAGUGCUGCUGGAGGACACUCGGUCGUACGUCAGCUGCUGCGUCACCAUUCAGAACAUCGAGCGCUGCCUGUACCUGCUCCCUCGCGACAAGCGCGUGGACGUGAAGACGGGUCUUGCCGUUGAUGACGCGCCCAUCUCCAUGAAGGACGUGUACGAGGAGUUCAACUCGCUCGCCGACAAGUUCCGCAUCAUGAAGUUCAAGAUCAGGAAAGUGGAGAAGUGCUAUGCCUUUGAAAACAAGGACGUCCCCGUUCAGUCCGAGUACCUGGAGGUCAAGUAUCUGGCGCAGUACCCGGCGGUGCCGGCCGACCUGUGUGGGCAGACGUUCUCCCGCGUGUUCGGCUCCAGCACCUCGAGCCUGGAGCGCCUGCUGGUGACGCGCGGAGUUCACGGGCCCUGCUGGCUGCACGUAGCCUCCCCACAGCUGAUCGCUCGUCCCGUGAGCUGGUGCCGAGUCGAGUGCCUGUGCUCGCGCCCGGACCUCCUCAGCGCCGUCAAGGACAUCCCUCCGCCUCCGCUGGUGGUCAUGGCUCUCUCCAUGAAGACGCUGCCCAACAACAGGACCCACCAGAACGAGGUGAUGUCAGUCGGAGUGCUGGUUCACAAGGCCUUCCCAGUCGACAAAGCUCCUCCCAGACCACCAUUCCAGUCGUACUUCUCCGCAAUUUGCAAACCCGGGGACUGCAUCUUUCCCUUCAACCUCCAGGACGUACUCAAGAAACAGUCGAUGAAGAUGGAGGUCUUCCCAACGGAGCGAACGCUUCUCGGCUUCCUGCUGGCGAAGAUCCACGUGACGGACCCGGACGUCCUCGUGGGCCACGACAUCAUCGGCUUCGACCUGGAGGUGCUGCUGCAGAGGAUCGCGGCGUUGAAGGUGCCGCACUGGAGCAAGCUGAGCCGCCUGCGUCGCUCAGCGAUGCCUCGCCUCGGGGGCCGGCGCGUGGUGGAGCGCCUGGCGACUUGCGGGCGCGUGGUGUGCGACGUGAAGACGUCGGCCCGUGAGCUCGUGCGCUGCAGGAGCUACGACCUCGACGAGUUGGUCGCCUCGCUGCUCAGGACCAAGCGGGAGACGUUCUCCGCAGAAAGCGUCGCGGCCGCCUACGCCAACUCGCAGCGCCUGCUGGACAUGGCGUCGCACACCCUCACCGACGCUCGGCACGCGCUCAGCAUCAUGAGCGAGCUCAACGCCCUGCCGCUGGCUCACCAGAUCACCUGCAUCGCCGGCAAUUUGCUGUCUCGCACGCUGCUGGGCGGGCGUUCGGAGCGGAAUGAGUUCCUGCUGCUCCACGCGUUCCACCAACGCAACUUCAUCUGCCCCGACAAGACGUACAGCCGCAGGAACAGCGCGGCCGCCGAGGACGAAGAUGAAGAUGGCGAGCGGGGGAGGGGGAAGCGCAAGGCGGCCUACGCUGGAGGCCUCGUCCUGGAGCCCAAAGUCGGAUUUUACGACAAAUUCAUUCUCCUGCUGGAUUUCAACAGCCUGUACCCGUCCAUCAUCCAGGAGUACAACAUCUGCUUCACCACCGUGUGUCAACACACACCGCCCGGGCAGGGUGCCGACUGGAUACCGGAUUUGCCCGACUCGGGCCUGGAGCUGGGCGUGUUGCCCACGGAGAUCCGCAAACUGGUGGAGCGACGCAAGCAGGUCAAGGGUCUCAUGAAGCAAGCUGACCUCAACCCUGACCUCUACACGCAGUACGACAUCCGUCAGAAGGCGUUGAAGCUGACUGCCAACAGCAUGUACGGCUGCCUGGGAUUCUCGCUGUCGCGCUUCUACGCCAAGCCGCUGGCCGCACUAGUCACCCUCAAGGGACGCGAGAUCCUGCUGCACACGAAGGAGCUGGUGCAGAAGAUGAACCUGGAGGUGAUCUACGGAGACACGGACUCCAUCAUGAUCAACACCAACAGCCGGGACUUGGACGAGGUCUACCGGCUGGGGUCAAAGGUGAAGGCGGAGGUGAACCGCUCGUACCGCCUGCUGGAGAUCGACGUUGACGGCGUCUACCGCUCCAUGCUGCUGCUCAAGAAGAAGAAGUACGCGGCGCUGAGCGUCGAGCGGCAGCCCGACGGCUCCUACACCACGCGGCAGGAGCUCAAGGGCCUGGACAUCGUGCGGCGCGACUGGUGCGGCCUUGCCAAGGCCUGCGGCAACUACGUGAUCGGACAGAUCCUGUCCGACCAGCCGCACGGAGACAUCUUGGACAAGAUCCAGAGCCACCUGGAGGAGACGGGGCGCAGCGUGGCUGACGGCACGGUGGACGUCCAACAGUACCACAUACACAAGGCAUUGACCAAGGACCCCCAGGACUACCCAGACAAACGCUCCUUGCCCCACGUGCACGUGGCCCUCUGGGUCAACUCCCAGGCGGGCAAGCGGCUGAGGGCGGGCGACACGGUCACCUACGUCGUGUGCCAGGACGGUUCUGGCCUGGCGGCGAGCCAGCGAGCCUACGCUCCUGAGCAGCUGCAGCGCCAGGAGGGGCUCCGGCUGGACACGGAGUAUUACCUCGCCAGCCAGGUGCUGCCCGUCGUCUCGAGGCUCUGCGAGCCCAUGGAGGGAGUGGACACGCAGAUCAUCGCCCAGUGGCUCGGCCUGGACCCGUCCCAGUUCCGAGCGUCGUCGCUGUCCGCCGUGACGUCGUCGUCGCGCGACGAGGACGAGGCCUUGCUGGGCGGCGUGGCGCUGAGCUACGAGGAGCGCUUCGCGCGCUGCGAGCGGCCCGCCGUGACGUGCGCCGCCUGCGGAGCCGCGGGCACCAUCGACGGGCCCUUCCGCGGAUCGGGUGUCCACAUCCAGCCGAGUCUGCUGUGCUGCACCAGCUGCGAGGCUUCGCUGCUGGCGAACCUGCCGGCGCUGAGCAACCGCCUGCAGCUCGAUGUGCGGCGCCACGUCAGCCGCUACCACGCGGGCUGGCUGGUGUGCGAGGACAUGGCGUGUCGCCACCGCACGCGGCGCCUGCCGCUCACCUUCACCCAGCAGGGGCCGCUGUGUCCCACGUGCCACAGAGGGGUGCUCAGGGCGGAGUACACAGAGAAGAUGCUGUACACCCAACUGUGCUUCUACCAACACCUGUUUGACUUGGACUGCAAAUCUCUCACCGAGGUUGAAAAGAUCUUACACACGUAG